CAUUCAACAAACAUCCAUAUCUGAUCUCUCUCCUCAAAUGUCAAAAUUUUCGGACGAGAUUGAUUGGCCAGCGAGGGAGAACAGUCAUUGACGCCGGAUUUUUGAAGAAACUCCGGCGUGCGUAUAAUGCUCAAGGCCGUCCAGAUCUUGGGUUGGUCAACAGGGUUAAACAUCUCACAGAGAUUGACCAAGACCCGCAAGUCCUCCUCGAGCGUCUCUUUCAUCUCCACAUCUAUAAACCAUCUCAAUCUCUCCACUUUCACUUCGAGCUCUCCUCGGAGUAGAAUCCUCUGUUUCAACCCGACCCGUAUGUUUUCCUCACGACCCGGGUCCGACCCAGUUCCCAAUUCUCCGACUUCCACCUCUGUUCAAUCAGCUGGAGAUGUUCGUAAGAUAAAGUUCUGUCAAUGGUGUGGAGGGCCUACGAAGCACGAGAUACCUGAUGGAGAAGAGAAAUUGAGAGCCAUUUGCACACAUUGCGACAAAAUCGCUUACCAGAAUCCUAAGAUGGUUGUAGGAUGCCUUAUAGAGCAUGAAGAAAAGGUUUUACUUUGCAAGCGUAACAUUCAACCUUCACACGGUCUAUGGACUCUCCCUGCUGGUUAUCUAGAAGUUGGAGAGUCAGCUGCAGAAGGAGCAAUGAGGGAAACUUGGGAAGAAGCAGGAGCCACUGUGGAAGUUAUCUCACCUUUUGCGCAACUCGACAUUCCUCUUAUUGGCCAAACGUAUGUUAUUUUCUUAGCAAAACUAAAGAACCCACAUUUUGAGCCCGGUCCUGAGUCAUUGGAAUGCCGUCUUUUUGCACUAGACGAGAUACCGUUUGAUUCCUUGGCUUUUUCAUCUAUAUAUGUUACCUUGAAUUUGUACUUGGAAGAUCUGAAAAACGGCAAGCUAAAGUUUCACUAUGGUACGAUAAACAAAAGGCCUGGAAGUAGUCCUUCAGAUAUUCGUGCCUUCACUCUUGAUUACCAUUUGCAGCCUUGAAUCGAGACUUUGUCAUUGUCAUCGAAGCUGAUAUGAGGGCGAUUUUUCACUUCAGCCAACAGGAGCAGCUUCUGGAUUUGAUUCAUUCUUCUAUGCCAUGUCUUCUCACUUCACACCUCGUUGCUGACUAACGGAGAAUGAAAAAUGAAGUUGCUUGCGUGAGAGAUUCCUUGGACAGAUGAAAAAAAGGAAAGACUGAAGAUAAUUGUUUCUUUUUUAGGUAACUCAUUUCAGAUGUUAUGGCUGAAGAAAGUAUUUCUGUUUCUGAUUUCAGUUGCCCCAGUUGUAAACGGUAAAAUUCAGAUGUGAAAUGCAACAUUUUGUGUAAUUA